CUUCUUUCCCACUUCUUCUUCUUAUUUCAUCCCCUCAAUCUCUCUCUCUCUCCCCCACCGCGCCCCAUUCUCUCUCCUCUGUCCUGAAUUUCUCUUUCUUUGAUCCAAACCCUAAUUCAACUAUUCUCUAAAAUUACUUAACAAUGCCGCAAUUACUUCGCUGAUCUUCAGCAAAAAUAAUCUGAAAUAACAUUUUUAGAGUUUCGGCGCCAUCUGUGAGUUUAAUUUUCUGACUUCACUUUCACAAUUCACAUUACAGUUUUUGAUUUAAUUGAAACAUUUUUGUUGAUUUCACACUGCUUAUCUUGCUAUUGAUUUGCGUGAGAUCUAUACUUGAAUUUUGAGUUAUUUGUGAUUGAAUUUUUUUCGAGUGAUCUGUUUGUGAUCUGAUCGUAAUCUUACUCGAAUUUGAAUUUGUGAUUUCUGAAUUUUGUGAGUUAGUUUUGUUUUCUUGAGAAUGACGGUUGAUACUGCGGUUAAUAUUGAAGAAGAGAAGUGUGGAUUGGAUAUGAUGAGCUCGUGUGAGGAUCUGCCUCCGACAAGUGUCGGUGGUGGUGGUUAUGAGUGUAAUGGGGACGGCAAGGAUGAUUAUGUCUUUGUCAAUGGAAGUGAUACCGCGUCUGAUGAUCAUGUAGAAGUCGACGGUAAUGCGGAGUUGAAUGUGUCCGAAUCGAAUGCUGAUUGCGAGGGGAAAACGGAAAGCGGUGCUUUGAAUGCUAAGGGAGGUGAUCAAUUGGAAAUUUGUAAUGGUCACAGUAGUAAUAUAGAUAAUGUGGUUGAGGUAGGUGUCGAGAAAUCGAAACCUGAGGAUGGGAUCAUUGUGAUAGAGGCGAGUGAUGAUAAAGUUGAGGGUGCAGAGGUGGUGAAGGCAAAUGGUGAGAUCAAGUCCGAGAGUGAGGUUGCAAUUGAGGAUACGGAAGUGCUAGCUGAAAAUGGUGUUAGUAAUGAUGUCGAGGGCGAGGUUGAUGUUAAGGUGAGGGAUUUGGAAGUUAUGAUGGAGAGUGAUGUAAAGUCUAUUGUAGAUGGGGUUAAGGAUGGUGAAUCGAGUGUUCUGAAAGGAGAUGACAGCAAUGCAUUAGGCGAUGAUGGCAUUGAUUGUCCUUCAUUAGAUGAUGAUGAUAAAGUAGGGAUUUUGCCAGAUAUAGAUAGUCUUUCUGAUAGGGUGCAAAAUGGGACUACAGCUGUGGAGCCCAAGCCUGAGGUUGUAAAUGAGGAGCAAUUACGCCUUGGGCAACUGGAAUAUAAUGAGAAUCAUGCCAAGGAACCUGAGAAACUGGAGGAUGAGCCAAGGAGACUGGAGGUGGUUGAGGAUAAUAGUAAUCCUCAUAUAAAUCAGAUCAUUGAAUCUGAUCCAGUGGAUGGUAUUAUAAAGGUAUCAGAGCCUCUUGAGGCAGAUGUUGGACAUCAGCCUCAAGAGGACAGCGUUGUAGAAACACAGCCACCAGAUGUUGAUGUUAAGGUCCCAGAUAGUGAGCCCAAGGAAUUGUUGCUGGAUGAAGCAAUCACUGAGAAGGCGUCAGUAGCCUGUCAGAAGCAAGAUAUUCAACCUGAUGGCAGUGAGGAACUAGGUCCAGCUGUCGCAGAGGCUGAGGUAGGGGGAAAAUGUGAUUUAGAUUCUGCAGAGAUAAGUGGAAGCCAGGACCUUAACUUUGUGGAUUCAGAGCCUGCUGUUUCUGGGCAGCAGCAGACUGAUCUGAAUGAGCAUAAGGAUCAAGAUGCAUCACACUUGACCACAGGAUUGCAAGAAUGUCAAGUGUCUCAAACUGUGUCAGAUCAGUGUCAUGGAGCAGGGAAUCAGAAUAAUUUGGAGUUGACUGCCUCCGAGGUGGAUGGUUCAGUACUUAACGUUCAAUCUGAUGAAACCACGAUAGAGUUAACGCCAGAAGUCAAAGAGACUCUUGAAAAUUCUACAGAAGAUAUGCCUUCUGAUAAGCCUGUAGCUGAUCAUGAGCUUGAUACGGUUCAGGGUGAAGGAAAAGAAGAGUUGAUUGCUCAAGUGGAAGGAAACCUAGAUUCUUCAGUUGAGGAGGUUUCUUGUGAAGAUCAGGUGGCAGAAGAGAUCUUAUCGGUUGAUAUAAUUGAGAAAGAAGUUUCUUUAGAGGAUUUGAGCCUCGAAAAAACCGUAAUGGCUGAAGAAGCAGCCAACAUGUCAAAACUGAAGUCAGCUAAUGAAGCAGUUGCUGAUGAAGAAGGAAAAGAUCUGGAUGCUAAGCUUGGAGAGCGUGAGUCGGAGAAUGAAGUUAAUGUUCCCGAGUCUUCUCAGGAUUCUGGAAGUCAUUUGAGAUCUGAAGAUGGUGAUUCAAUUGCACAUGUUAGUUGUGAGUCGGACUUAGUUCCUUGUGACUCAAAUAUAAUGGAAGAACAAGGUGCUGUGAAUGAUGGAUCUUAUGCUGGUGAUAACUGCAUUGGCUGCUCUGUAGAUGAGCAGUCCAAAUUGGAAAACAGCAAUGAUGCUCCUGUAUAUCCUGUUGAUGGUGCCAUAACAGAAAUUAAACCAGUGGAUGGUUGGGCUGAUGUGGCAAGCAAGACAAAUUGUGAUUCCGAGGACACCCUGAAACCCAAGAUCAGUUUUGGCUCAUUUGAGUGCUCAACAUCUUUGUCACAUAAUGAUAUCAAUAAUGUCCACACUGGCGUACUGAAUAGUUCAACUGUACAUAAUACCAGUCAGUCAGAUAUUGCCGAUGAGGACUCUGAGUCCACCGCUGCCACAGCAAAUGGUGUCACCUUAUUGAAUCAUGAGGCCAAUGGGUUGCAGUUGAAUCAUGAUGAAGCAUGUCUUGAUGUUGUGAGUUCGGAGCAGAUUAAUACAGAGGAGGUUUCGGCUGGAGCUGAUUCUGUUGAUGGACUAAAUGUCAAUCCUGAUUUGGUAAGAAAGCCAUUCUACUACCUGAUCAGGAUCCCGAGAUUUGAUGAUGUAAAGCUCACUGAGAAGAUUAAAGAAAGUGAGAUGCGAGUUGAAAAGGAGACCCGUAAUAGAGAUGCUGCUCGGAUUGAAUUUCAGAAGAGAAAGGCCCUCUAUUGGGAAAUAAAAUCAAAUUUUGAAGCCGCCAGAUCUGAAGAGAGAGCUGCACAUAAGUUGAUGAUUGCCAAAAAGCGGGAAAUAGACUCGGCCCAUUCUUUGGUGAACCUUGCAAGAAAUGCAGUUACAGUUGAAGAUGUCGAUAGUCGGAUACUGAAUAUGGAACGCACGAUACAACAUGAAACCCUGCAAUUGGCUGAAGAAAAGAGGUUGGUACGUGAAAUAAAGCAAUUGAACCAACAACGUGAACAGCUGGCUGCCAACACACGCAGGCAGCAAGAAUUACAGCAAGCUUUGGACCGGAGAGUUGAAACGGAGGAGCAGUUGAAGGUCUUGAGAAAAGAAUUGGAUGCUCUUAGAGACAACUACAGCAAAGCAGAAGAAAUUUUUAAAGCUGCUAAGAAGACAUAUGAUGAAGAAAGUGCCUUGCUGAAUGAUUUAAGAGAUAAAUUCAGAUCUGUUGAUACCAUUCGACAAGAGGCAUAUGCACAAUUACAGACUUUAAAGAAACAAGCGUUUGAAAAGAACAAGCUUUUCUACAAUUACAAGGAUGAUGCCAAAGCAGCAAAUGAUUAUGCGGGGGCUGGUGAAAAGGAGAAUCUUGAACGACAUUGUGUAAACCAGGUGGAGAAAUUUAUGGAACUAUGGAAUAAAAACGAUGAGUUCAGAAAGGAAUACCUUAGGUGCAACAUGAAGAGUACGUUGAGGAGAUUCAGAACACUAGAUGGGCGAGCCCUUGGCCCUGAUGAAGAGCCACCAUACGUAGGAAAUUUUUCUGAUAAUAGAGUAAAUGCUUCAGCCAAGGUCAAUUCAGUUGAUACAACUUCAGCCUUGGAAAGUGAUUUUCCUUUAAUAGCAAAAAAGGCAGAAGAAUCAUCAAAGAAAGUUAUAGAGCUGAAGAAUAAGACUGCCCUUGUCCAAAACCAAAACCAGAGUGAAAUUACAUCUAAAAGUAGCUUAGCAGAACCUUCUGGCAGGAUUGAGACCAAAGAUAAGGAAGAGGAGAACAAGCUGACAAAAGAGGAAGAAGAGUUGGCUAGAAAAGCGGAGCAAAAAUUGAGAGAAGAGGAGGCUGCCCGGUUGAGGGAGCAGCGGAGAUUAGAAGAGAAAGCUAAAGCACAGGAAGCACUGGAGAGAAAAAGAAGAAUGGCAGAGAAAGCUCAAGCGAGGGCUGAGUUUAGAGCACGAAAGGAAGCUGAAGAAAAAGAAAAGGAGAGAGAGAAGAGGGCAAAGAAGAAAGGAAAGAAGAAGGUUCUUCCAUCACAGACUGCUGAAAUUGAGCCUGCUGAGCUGCCAGAAUCCUCAACUGAGACAAUUAAGGAGCCUGUAGUUACGGAAAAGCCUGUAACAGUGGCGAAGAGGUCCCAUAAGCUUCCUUCAUUGUAUACGAAGGAGGUAAAGACGACUAAAUCGAUUCCUGCUCCCCCUGCGCCUCUUCGCAAUCGGGGUAAAAAAAGGAUUCCACAAUGGCUAUGGGGGUUAGGGGUAGCAUUAUUGUGUGUUCUUCUUAUUUUCCCGUUGGGGAACAUAGACAUUGUUGGGUACGUUAAGCACUUAUUUGGGUCAUCCCAUUAGUAAAAUUAUAAACAUAGGUUUGAAAAUUUUAUUUUAUUUUUCAAAAUAUUCAAUUCUUGUUCAUGUCCUGGUUUCUUCUCACCUUACCCACAUGUUGCCAUUUGUAUACUCGACCUUAGAUUUGUUUGAUGAAUUGUGAUUGGAACAAAAGUACACUAUUAUAUUGGAUUUCAUUUACUA